GGACCAUCUGUUACGGUCCGUUAUCUUUGUCCCAUACACAAAUAGACUUUGCCUUGUGUAGGUGCCUGCAUCAGCUAGAUAUUUUGUACCUGGAGAGCCCAGCAGCACUGUGCGCCGUAGUAAACGUUAUAUAUCCUGAUAGCACCGUGCCACUGCUUGGCAUUUAGCAUAUGCGCUCUUGAGCGGAAAUUUGAUACGUAAUAGGACAGGACAGCCAUGAACGGUGUUGGCCACCAGAAUGGGCCAGUUGCCAAUCAAGAAAAGGAGCCCAUACGCUUUCUGAAAGGUGCCGCGAUCAGCGUCUGGCAGAACUCAGGCGAUGGCGGUUCAAACUGGACACGCUUUGCGAAGAGCCUCUGGCCUUUCCGCUACCUUGGUGUAAGCGCUAUUCGUGGGAAGUACAACAUCGACAAAUGCAGCGACUUUUGGAACAACUAUGAGAAGGACAUCAAGCUCGCAGCCGCCAUCGGCAGCACCACCUUCCGCUUCUCCAUCGAGUGGGCGCGUAUCGAGCCGGAGCGGGGCGUGAUAGACAUGGAGGCGGUGCGCAGGUACCACCAGAUGCUCGACUGCAUGGCCGCCCACGGCCUGGAGCCCAACGCCACGCUGUGGCACUUCGUGCACCCCACCUGGUUCGAGGACGCGGGCGGCUUCACGCGCGAGGAAAACAUUCCCGCGUUCGUCGAGUACAGCAAGCGCUGCUUCGAGUGGUUCGGAUCCAAGAUCCGGCUGUGGGCCACCUUCAACGAGCCCACGUGCUACAUGUUCCUGGGCUGGGUGGUGGGCAUCGCCCCCCCGGGUCGCAUCUUUGACCUUGUGGGUGCGGGCCGCAUGCUGAGCACCAUGCUGAAGGCGCAUGUGGCGGCCUACCGGGCCAUCAAGGCCAUGCCGGGGGGCGCGGAGGCGCAGGUGGGGCUGGUGAGCCACCACAUCACCUUUGAGGCGCAGGGCAACGGACUGCUGCACGGCGUGGCCAAGCUGGUGUCGGACUGGAUGACCUACUGGUGGGGCUGGGACGUGGUGGAGCACUGGAUGCUGACGGGCGAGUUCGUGUGGAAGCUGCCCGUGAUGGGCGUGUGGCAGCGCUGGAAGGACCCGGACGGCCGGCCGCCGUGCGACUGGUGGGGCAUCAACUACUACUCGCGCGGCAUCUUCUCCUGGUACCUGCAGCCCGCCUGCCGCGAGGAGGAGGUGAUGACGGACAUGUACUACCCCAUCUACCCGGAGGGAAUGUACCGAGCCAUCAAGAGGUGCUCCGAGUUCGGCAUCCCCAUGUACAUCACCGAGACCGGCAUCGCGGACGCGCGGGACGACCGGCGCGCGAUCAUGAUUGACGCGUACUUCAAAGAGGUGCUGCGCGCGGUGGCAGAUGGCCACGACGUACGCGGCUUCUACUACUGGACGCUGGUCGACAACCUGGAGUGGGCCACCGGCUACACGAUGAAGUUCGGGUUGUACGCCUGGGAGCCGGACGGCAGCGUGGACAGGAAGCUCAAGGAGGGCAGCAAGGUGCUGAUCCGCUACUUCCGCACGCUGCCUGACGACCUGGCCGGGGUGCGGGAGGCG